AUGGCGUACGCAUACCCGUACGUCUUCCGUGCCCAGGCGCCACCAGUGAGAGUGGAGGAUCACAAGGCCAAGGACGCCGCGCCUGUUCCGCAGGUCAAGGAGCAUUGGCCCGCAGGCGGUGGCAGCAGAAGCGCAGGAGCCGGGUGGCUGGACGGCCUUGGCUCAGGGGAGAGCCAGAGGCUGGCGAGCACCUACGACCUGGUGGAGACGAUGCAUUACCUGUACGUGCGCGUCGUCAAGGCGCGCGGGCUCCCAGCGAGCGCCGUCACCGGCGGGUGCAGCCCCUACGUCGAGGUCCGCGUCGGCAACUACCGCGCCGCCACGCGGCAUUGCGUGGGGAAGGCCAGCCCCGAGUGGAACCUGGUGUUCGCCUUCUCCAGGGACCGUGUGCAGGCCACGGUGCUCGAGGUGUUCGUCAGGGACAGGGACGCCCUGGGGCGCGACGACUGCGUCGGCAGAGUCGCGUUCGACAUCGCCGAGGCGCCCGUGCGCGUGCCGCCGGACAGCCCGCUCGCGCCGCAGUGGUACCGCCUCGACGGUACUAAUGGUGGGAAGAUGGCGGCGAACGGCGAGGUCAUGCUCGCCGUCUGGGUCGGCACGCAGGCAGACGAGGUGUUCUCGGACGCCUGGCACGCCGACGCCGCCUCGGUCCUUGGUGGUGACGGCGCGGCGGCCGUGCACAACACGCGGUCCAAGGUGUACGUUACGCCCAAGCUGUGGUACCUCCGGGUAAGCGUGCUCGAGGCUCAGGACGUCAUGCCGCCCGCGCCGGGUGCCGGUGCCACUGCGGACAAAGGCCGGCACGCCGAGGUCUUCGCCAAGGUGCAAGUCGGCGGCAUGGUCCUCAGGACUCGGCCCUGCACCACCAGGGGUCCGACGAACCUUGCGUGGAACGAGGAGCUGGUGUUCGCCGUGGCUGAGCCGUUCGACGACCCGGCGGUUCUUAUCAUCGAGGCCCGCGUUCACCCCGGUAAGGACGAGAUCGUCGGGCGCGCCUUGCUGCCGCUCACGCUCUUCGAGAAGCGGCUAGACCGCCGCCCGGUCCAGUCGCAGUGGUUCAGCCUGGAGCCCUUCGGGCGUCCGGCGCGCCCGCCGGAGGCCGUCUUCGCCGGCCGCGUGCACCUCGUCAUGGAGGAGCCGACCAUGUACGCCAGCGACACGCGCCCCACCGCGCGGCAGCUGUGGCGCCCGCCGAUCGGCGUGCUGGAAGUCGACGUCCUCGGCGAGCAGGGGCUCACGCCGAUGAAGACCGUCGACGGCCGGGGCAUGACCGACGCGUACUGCGUCGCCAAGUAUGGGCAGAAGUGGGUGCGCACGCGGACCGUGGUGGACUCUUGCAGCCCCCGGUGGAACGAGCAGUACACGUGGGAGGUGUACGACCGGUGCACGGUGCUCACGCUCGCCGUGUUCGACAACUGCCACCUCGGCAACGCCGCCGUCAUCAGGGACCAGAGGAUCGGCAAGCGCAAGAACGGCGAGCUCUGCCUGGCCGUGCGCCUCACCUGCCUCUCCCUCGGCAGCGUGGUGCGCCUCUACGGCCAGCCCCUCCUCCCCAAGGUGCACUACAUCCAGCCGCUCACCGUCGUGCAGCUUGACAGCCUGCGGCGGCAGGCAAUGAGCAUCGUGGCGGCGAGGCUGAGCCGGGCCGAGCCGCUGCUGCGCCGUGAGGUCGUGGAGUACAUGCUCGACGCGGACUCGCACGUCUGGAGCAUCCGGCGGAGCAAGGCCAACUUCUUCCGCGUCACGGCGCUCCUCUCAGGCGCGGCCAGCACCGCGCGGUGGCUCGCCGACGUUUGCCGCUGGAAGAACCCGGCGACGACGGUCCUCGUGCACGUGCUCUUCGUCACCCUCAUGUGCUUCCCGGAGCUCAUCCUGCCGACCACGUUCCUGUACAUGUCUACGGCUGGCCUCUGGAACUACCGCCGCCAGCCGCCGCACAUGGAUGCGAAGCUCUCGUGCGCCGAGGCGACCCACCCCGACGACCUCGACGAGGAGCUGGACACGUUCCCGACGUCGAGGCCCAACGCCGUGGUGCGGCUGCGCUACGACCGGCUGCGGAGCGUGGCCGGGCGGAUCCAGACGGUGGUCGGAGACGUGGCGACGCAGGGGGAGCGGAUCCGGUCCCUGAUCGCGUGGAGGGACCCGCGGGCCACGGCACUGUUCACGGCGUUCUGCCUCGUCGCCGCCGCCGUGCUCUACGUCACACCGAUCCGGGUCGUGUCGCUCGUCUUCGGCCUGUACGUGCUCCGCCACCCGAGGUUCCGGGGCCGGAUGCCGUCGGCUGCCAGCAACUUUUUCAAGAGGCUGCCGUCACGGGCUGACACUAUGCUGUAG